ACCACUGUGGAGCUCUAUUAGUUAUUCUGCACUCUGGUUCACUCAGAGACUAGAACCAGAGUGAAUUUACAACCUUAAUAAUAAACUUGUUUUUUUUGGGUUUGUUUGUUUUGUUGUGGAUUUCUCCCUGACCAAGAUGGCUGCCAUUUUCAAUCCAUAACAGAAGUUUAAGAGUUUAUGACAAAUUACCGAUCGUAUGGUUGAAACUAGAGCGCUUUAGUAGGAUAGAGUUCAUUCCCAAUAACACUAACCUGGAAUUUACAUUUAUAUCGGCCAGGUUCAAGAGAGAGAGAGAGAGGUGAUCAAAUCUGACUGACUGACUUCUGGAUCGGGGCGCUGGUCACAGGAGGUCCAGGAUGAAUAAGCUACGGCAGAGUUUCAGACGGAAGAAAGACGUGUAUGUUCCUGAGUCCAGCCGACCGCACCAGUGGCAGACGGACGAAGAGGCGGUCCGCGGCGGAAAGUGCAGCUUCGGAGUCAAGUACCUGGGCCAUGUAGAGGUGGAGGAGUCCAGAGGAAUGCAUAUCUGUGAGGGCGCUGUGAAGCGUCUCAAGACGGACAGGACAUUCUUCAAGGGCUUCUUUACAAAAGCAGGGAAGAAGGCAGUGAGAGCGGUGCUGUGGGUCUCAGCAGACGGUCUCCGUGUAGUAGAUGACAAGACCAAGGACCUGAUCCUAGACCAGACAAUAGAGAAAGUAUCGUUCUGCGCUCCAGACAGGAACUUUGAGAGAGCGUUCUCUUACAUCUGUAGAGAUGGAACUACGAGACGAUGGAUCUGUCACUGCUUCAUGGCUAUCAAGGACUCGGGCGAGCGUCUGAGCCACUCGGUGGGCUGUGCCUUCGCUGCCUGUCUGGAGAGGAAACAGAGGAGAGAGAAGGAGUGCGGUGUCACGGCAACCUUCGACUCCAACAGAACCACCUUCACCAGGGAGGGCUCGUUCCGAGUUACCACGGCGACGGAAGCCGCGGAGCGAGAGGAGGUCAUGAGGCAGUUACAGGACAAGAAAGCAGAAGGCGAUGUCAGACCCUCCAUCGCUCUCUCCUCGGGCCCCAGUGAGGGUGUGGUGAACCAGGCUGUGGCCCCUCUACCAGGGCCCCCGUCCCCCUCCUCCUCCUCUCCUCCUCUGGGUCCCCAGGUUAUCCCCCGCAGACACGCUCCAGUGGAGGUCCUGGCAAGACAGGGUUCCUUCAGAGGGUUCCCUGCCCUCAACAACAACUCCUCUCCCUUCAAACGGCAGCUGUCCCUCAGGAUGAACGAUCUGUCCUCCACCCUGCAGAGGAAUUCUGACUUCCCCAUGAACAAUACAGUCCCAGAGGGAGAGGGAGAGGGGGACAGCAUCAGCUCGUUGUGUACCCAGAUCGCCUCAGCCUUCAGUGGGCCUCCUGAAGACCCCUUCUCCCAGGCCCCCAUGCCCCGACCAACCUCCUCUCCACAGUCGCCUGUAGCAGCGCCCCCCCCGGGGGCUCAGCCAGCACUGCCUCCUCCACUUCCUGCCCGAGACACUAACCCCUGGGCCAAGACACCUGGCCACGCAGGGCACCAUACCCCCCCGACUUCCUCCUCCGCACAACCAGGAGGUGAUUGGACGACCCCAGUGAUUGUAGCUCCUCCCUCCGCCACAUCGUCUCCUUCUCACCACUCCCACCGCCGCACGCCGUCGGAGGCUGACCGCUGGCUCGAGGAGGUCGCCAAGUCUGUCCGCGCUCCGCAACUCGUCUCCACACCCCCAUCCCAACCGUUCCUCACCCCCAACCCCCCAGCCUUCUCCACACCCCCAUCCCAACCGUUCCUCACCCCCAACCCCCCAUCCCAACCGUUCCUCACCCCCAACCCCCCAGCCUUCCCCAAGCCUUCCACCCAGGCCUUCCCUACCUCACCACCCCCUUCCCAGGCGUUUGCUGUACCCACCCUCCCAACCCAGGCAGUUGCCCCUGUGGCCUUCAUGUCCUCCAUGCCCCCAGCGAUUCCCAUGCUGCCCCCUCGCCAGCCUGCCUACCAGGCCCCAGCCUCCUACCCCAUGUCCAACGGGCUGCCCUAUGCCCAUCCCACUGUGCCCGUGAUGGGCAUCACACCCUCUCAGAUGUUGGCCAAUGUGUUUGGUUCAGCCACUCAGCCCCAGGCGUACCCCACGCCCCAGCCCCAGGCGUACCCCACCCCCAGCCCCAGGCGUACCCCACCCCCAGCCCCAGGCGUACCCCACCCCCAGCCCCAGGCGUACCCCACCCCCCAGCCCCAGGCGUACCCCACGCCCCAGUAUGACCCUGCUCAGCACACUGUGGGUAUCUCCUUCAGCAACCCCCACCAGCAGCCCCUUCCCUUCCAGGCACCCAAUGGGAGUGUAGCCUUCAACGGGGGUGGGGCCGACAGCUGGGCCCCUCCCUCCCUGCCCCCUCAGUCCUCCCCGGCCCCUCCCCUGCCCCCGCAACCCCUGGCGACGGCCGAUCCCUUCGAGGCCAAGUGGGCCGCCCUGGAGAGCCACUCCCGCCAGCGAACCACGCCGUCGCCCACUAACCCCUUCUCCUCCGAGCUGCACAAGACCUUUGAGAUCCAACUCUAGAGACUGAGAAGCUGGGACCUGGGACUGAGGAGGAGGAGGAGGAGGAGGAGGUGGACCUGGGACUGAGGAGGAGGAGGUGGUGGUGAUGGGGAUACUUUUUAAAAUGAAUUUGCAGGUUGGUGAGAGACUGAAGAGGAGCAGACUAGCUUUUCUCUCAGUCUCUACAUCCGCCUGGAUUGGCUUAGUGGAGGACCUGAGUGGAGAGGCAAUGGAUGGGUGGGUGGCGCUAUCAGCAGGGAUGAAGGAUGGAAACAGUGGGACGGGAAAGAGACAUGGAGGUAUGGAGGUGCUGCUGCUUACCAUUUUAACUUGUAUUGUGGGUUUAAUUGUGUUGUUGCUUUGGAUGACGUGGAAGUGGACAUGAUGACCCUGUGGAGUGGUGGAUCUGAGACCGCACAGCCCCGAGCCCCGACCCGAGCCCUCCCAGCUCUCGAGACACACUCAAACAACUUUACCAGGGGUUGCUGCCCCUUCCUCCCUCUCCUGGUCCAGCUCACAGCGCCCCCAGGUGGCUGGAGUAUGAUUUGCUCUCUGUCAGGCAGAAAGACUGCAGCACUGAAAGAGUACUGAGCUUCCAGACCAGAGGUUCUCAUCUAAAACUUUUUAAAAAAUCCGAAAAAGUUGAGAGAAUGCCAAAAUCUUUAUUUUUAUGCAUUAAGGUAUAUUUUAAAAUAGCUUUGGGAAUCUAACAGAGGAGUUGUAAUGUAAUCUUUGCCAGAGGCUAGCUAGCUACAGAAUGAGUGGAUGUGCAACAUGUAUACAAGAAAUGAUCAUAUAUUAUAAAUCUAUAUCUAUUAAGAAUAUAUUAGUGUACACAGCUCACGGCAGUUGAUUUCUAUGAUGAUGAUGAGAGAGAGAGAGAGAGAGAGAGAGAGAGAGAGAGAGAGAGAGAGAGAGAGAGAGAGAGAGAGA